AUGAAAGUCCUCCGGAGGGCACCUUCCGACCCUAAGGAUAACUUCAACACCCUCAUGGAGGUGUUCCGCUUCAUUGUGGGCUGCAACGACGGCGCCGGGCUCUCCAAUGAGAGUACUGUGUGGCUUCUCAACCUGCUGCAAGACGAGCGUCUGGACCUGGAGCUCAUUCGACACUGGCGAACUCUCUACGCGGUUAUACGGUUCGGCAUGGCGCUGCUCAUGUCUCAGCGACAGUACGACACCAUCUCGUUCACCGUUCCCGGAUGGGAAGGCGAGUUCGAAGUGAUACGAGCCAAUGGGAGAGAGGCUUUAAUCGAGAUUCUCGGGAACCCGGAAAACGCGGAUGGGUUCGUGCUGCGGCCAAGGCAGGUGAACAGUGCUGCGGGACGGGUCUACACAACGCCCGAAACCGCGUCGUUCUGGGAGCACGCUCAAGUGGCAGCAGAAAUGGAGUAUGGUGCAGGCGCUGUGGUUGUUCCACUCAUCCUCUCGAGCGACGCCACGAUUCUGAGCGGUGACGAGCGCACGAGAGUGUGGGUGGUGUACCUCUCCAUCGCAAACAUCCCGCUGCGGAGGCAGUGGAUGGACUGUGGGAAACUGCUCCUGGCAAUGCUCCCGAGAGGUGGACUCCCACAGGAGUACUCCGCGGCAGUGUACGAGAACACACACAUCCGCACGUGCAAGCUGCCCUACAGAACCUCCAAUCACCGCCAACCUCUGCAGGCCAUCGCCGCUCACAACGUGCGCGCUUCUGCGAUGGGCCAGCUGACCUCUGCUCUCCCAGCUGCGCACACGCCGGUGGCGCUGCCGGCCUUCCCCACUGACUAUGGGCACAUCUGGCCCCACUACGCACGGGUCGCUGCAUCUCUGCAUGGCCACACGGCCUUCUCCUGCGUGGAGUACCUGUCCUCUGCUGGCCGUACCAUGUACGGCCGCCUGAUCCUGCUGCUGGAUGCAAAGAGGCCGCUGGACAACAGCAGCUACGAGCCUGCAGAGGUGGCUGUGCUGCAGCGGCUGAGCCAACAGGGGCUUGAUGAGUGCACGGGCUGCGAGGUGCUUGGCCCGCCAUCGCUGUAUCGCGGGCUGGCUGUCGUCCCCAUCGACCGGCUCAAGCGCGCCGUGCACUGCGUCCCUUCAUUCGAGCAGAAGGACGUGAGGUUCCUGAACAAGUGGGCCUAUUUGGUGAAUCAGGAAGUGAUGUAG